AUGGCCAGAAAAUUUGCUACCAGUGAGUCCAGUCUAUUUGGUCAACUGCAACUGUUUCCAGACCCGGCAAGUAGCCUGCAGCCUUCACUCCUUCUACCUCCUACCGGUAUGCUAGCAGCUUCACCUACCGAUCAUAUGCUAUCAAAUGGGCGCUUUCAACGUCUUCUAACAUCGCCUAUAAACACACCUUUUGGCGUCAGCAGACUUUUUACUCCACCAAUGUGCAAUAAAAACUCUCAUGGCCAAGACCUGAGCAUCUGCAGUAGCAGCAACAAAACAACCACCACAUCAAUGGAUCCCAUCAUCAACUCGAAUGCAAAUUAUGCAAAUGGCAGUGGCGCCUACAAUGGCAGCAGCUGUAGCAUAAGCAUGGGAGGAGUUCAUAACUGCACUAGUACCUUCAGUAACUAUCUUGGACCAACAAGCCACAAUCGCCAAUUGCCAAUAACGGUACCUUCUUUGCAAGCCACGCCUCCCUUGGCCAACUGCUCGUCCGGAGCUGCCCAAUUUCAAGCCGGCCAGAUACAUCCUCACCUCCUACUUCGUGGGCUUGGCAUGCCUGGACCUGGUCUAGGCCUUCAUUUCGCUCGCUUUCCUCCACCGUUGCCGCCUCCGUCGGCUUCGUUGCAGCAACCCCCACCCAUCUGUGAUCUGUCAGACCUCAUAGGAGAUCCAAAUCUGCUACAAGUCUCCCUAUCUGGAUUUGGUAUGGGGCUACCCAACGCAGAGGCUCUUGCCAGUCACGAAGCUCUGCUGCGACUUACUGGACCUCUAGUGUCCGGAGAAAAUUCCCUUUCAGGAGGCCCAUUGUCUCAACUAACUGGAGUUGGCCUGCUUGCCACUCCAGGGGUAUCCGGACCCGCAACAGGAAAUCUAAUGCCGCCCCACUCUACUCAACCUCCACCACAUCCAACCCCUUCUCUUCCUCCUCUUAGCUUGGCUUCAUCAGUGGCAGCCACGCUGUCGGCGGCUCCAGUUACCAGGGUGAUACAAGCGCAUCCUUCUCCUCCACAUCCCGUUCCUGCUCCUUCACUUGCCUUGCCACUUGCCUAUCCGCUUACACUUUCUCUCACAGCUGGGCUCGCUGGACUCGUAAACGCCAUCCAUUCACCUCUGGCUACCCCGAUGCCUCCACUUCCACUUCCACCUCCCCUAUCCCAGGCGUCAGUAGCUACUACGUCUCAGCUGUCUGGCAUUACUCGACCACCACAACAGCCGACAAUCCCAGGAAGUACUCUUGCUGGAGGUGAACGUUUGAUUAGAGAACUGGUUAUACACAACGAUUUAAUCGGUUGUAUUAUUGGUCGUGGAGGCACAACGAUCAGUGAAAUUCGGUCAACUUCUGGGGCUCAAAUAAAAAUAGCCAAUGGAGAGGAGGGUAGUCGAGAGAGGAAGAUAACAAUAACAGGCACACCAGAAGCUAUUCAGAUGGCUAUGAUUUUGAUUACAAGCAGGUCAGUUUCUAAAGACAUUUCUACAAUAUUUUUGAUCUCCUGCCUAAUUUAUAUUCGAAAACCGGAAUAA